AUGUGGAAAUCAGUUACCAAAUUUAUACGUAGCUGUCCAAUCUGCGAGAAAAUCAAAACCCCUUCAAGUCACACUAUACGUGAGGAAUUAGGAAUGUUCCCAAUUCCUUUACGACCUUUCGAACGUAUCCACACGGAUAUCAUUGGACCUCUUCCUCAAUGUAUUAAUGGAAACAAAUUUAUUUCCAUUACAGUCUCUGCAUUUGGCAAACUAGCAAUCUGCACUCCAAUUCCUAACCAAACAACAGAUAUUGAAGUGAAAGCACUAAUCAACGAUGUCAUAGCCAAGUAUGGCAUUACUAACAAAAUUGUAUCUGAUCGUAGUUCUAACUAUACAAGUGAGAUAUUCUCACAGAAUAAAAAGAUCUUAGGAAUAUCUAACAAACUAACGACAAGUUACAACCACAAAGCAAAUGGACAAGUCGAAAGAAUGGUAGAAGUAAUCACAGAUUCUCUCACCGCAUAUUGUUCAAAUGCUAAAGAUAUGUGGUCAGACUUUUUCUAA